CCUUGACCUGAAACUAAAAGUGUCCCAGAAAAGUUGAUUAUUUCCUCGAUUUUAAUCUAAUUUUUCCCGAGUUUCGAAAUAACAUAUGAUAUGACCUAGUGUGAUAAGAAUAUCCAUACGGCCUGACAGACAAACUGAAAAUGAGUAGUAUCAAAACGGACGUGCUGUGGUCCCCAAACCAUGUAGACAAGUACAUGACGUUUGGCACGGACUUGAGCUUAUUCCAAGUUGAGAAGAUUAGUUACGGACAAGGAAAGGUUGACAAUCGACUUUCAGAUGACACAUAUGGCACCCUCCUCUCAAGUAACACGAGCCAUCAGUACAUGAAAUGUGUGGCCUGGUGUCCAAGGGCAGUACCAGAUCAUCUCGUAGCUGUUGGACAGGCAAAUGGACGUGUCGUUCUCACAAGCUUUGGGAAAGGUGGAACUGGUGACCCGGAGGGGUUGACCGGCAAACAGUUUGUCCCAAAGCAUCCUCGUCAGUGUAAUGCCCUCUGCUGGAAUCCACUGGAACCAACACUGUUGGCCGAGAGUCUAGAGAAGCAUCGUGUCGACUACUCGAUUCUUAUCUGGGAUGUGAACUCGCGACCGAUGGUGAGCGGGCCUGUCACACCAGAAAGGGGACAUGUCGACUCGACAGAGAGAAACAUCAUCACGAAACCAGUCGUUGAAUUAGGCCCUGGCGAGACAACGUUGUCCUUCAACUGGUCGCCACACGAACCCAAAACUCUUGUGGCCGGAAUGAACAACAAAUUUCUUAGGAUCUAUGAUCUGCGAGAUACGACGCAUCCAAGGAACGUAGCACUCAACAAGGCAGUCCAUGGUAUCACGGUGGAUCCACACUGCGAAUAUCGGCUAGCGUCAUUUGUGGAUAAUCAAGUGCUCAUCUGGGAUGUGCGAAGUUUUGACAAACCAGUAUUAACAUUCCAAGAGACACGAGGUGUCCUCAAGAUAGCCUGGUGUCCAACAAGAUUUGGUUUAUUAGCGAGUUUAGCGAAGGAAAGUUCUGUGGUGAAGCUGUAUGAUGUGCAACACUCAGGUCUCGGAUCGGAUGAGCUGGAACCAGCCAUCAUCGAGAGAUUGGUCCACCCUUACGGCCACAAUGCUGUCUCAUCAUUUGCUUGGCAUCCCACCGACGAGAACAGGAUGCUGACCGUGUCACCAACUGGCUUCCUAAGAGACGUACGCAUCUUUGAGAGAAUUGCCUUGACGUGGUCUCCAAGCAUGUACCUGUUGUGGUCGUGUGGUAAGAAGAUCGUGGAGUGUGUCCCUGAUGAGAGGGUUGAGGAAGCAGACGAUAUCUCCAUGGUGAUGAAGAUGAGAGCCAAGAUGGGUUACGGACUCAAGGAGAGCGUUUGGAAAAAUGCGAAAUUUGCUGAUGAAACUCUGAAGAAUGUCUGGUAUUGGCUAGAUCUAAUGAAAAAUUUACAAGUCGAAGGCAGAAUAAAAGGUUCAGCCAAAAGUAUUCAAAAAGUCUAUGGUGCUAAAGCGGUGUUGAGAGGCGAGUUGAACCCAACUGGUUCUUGUAAUAAGAGUGAGAUGAUACCAAAUGUACCAUGGGUCGGCAUAGAAACCAAUAAAUACAGCAAUCACUUAAAGAUGUACAGGAGUGAAGAGAGAACGAAGGCAAUGGAGCUGUGUGGCUGGGAUUUCGACCGAGGGGAUUCUAGUCUGAGGAUAUUUUUAGAAAACCUUGAAUCCCGAGAUGAAUAUGAGAGAGCGGCGACCAUAUCUCUCUUCUCAUUAAAGAUGAGACUUGCCAUUGAUGUAUUAAAGAAAGGCGGAGUAGCUACUGGGAGCGCCAACGCAGGCAAGUCCAACCUAAACAUGGUCGCCAUGGCGAUAUCCGGAUACGCAGACGACCGCAACCCGCUAUGGAAAGAGAUGUGUGGCGCCCUCCGAAGUGAACUUCAUAACCCGUAUCUACGUGGCAUGUUCGCUUUCCUCACGAGUGAGUCGGACAACUUCGAAGACGUUGUUAAUGAGAGUGGUAUGGCGUUACAAGACAGAGUCGCGUUUGCAUGCAUGUAUCUUAAUGACAGCAGGUUGAAUGACUUCAUCGAGAAGAUCACCGCUAGGAUGAUAGAGAGUGGCAACCUGGAUGGAAUAUUGUUAACAGGUUUGUCGACGGAAGGUCUCGAUCUCCUGCAGAGAUACGUUGAUAAGACAGGUGACGUGCAGACGGCAUCACUGGUUGUGAUUCAAGGCUUCCCAGCCGAUAUAUCAAAGGAUACGCGGGUAGUCUCAUGGAUUGAUAGUUACCGAGACCUCCUGGACCGGUGGCGUCUCUGGCAUGAAAGGGCGGAGUUUGACGUCCAUCGUUUCCGCUGUGAUACGAGUAGUCGUCCACCGCAGCAAGUGUUUGUCAGUUGUAACUUCUGCGGCAAGUCAAUAUCGUACAGUAUGCUGACCAUGGGCCGGACAAGACAUUACACGUCCUUUGGGGGCUCGCCGAACAAAUCAAAGGUGACGAGUUGCCCCGGCUGUAGGAAACCUCUCCCUCGCUGCUCGCUCUGUCUCAUCAACAUGGGCACAGCAUCCGGCGUUGCGCGACAGAAACAAAAAUCUUCCGACUGUGAUGGUGACAGAAUGACUGCAUUUCCUAAGUGGUUUACUUGGUGUCAGACUUGCCGACAUGGAGGUCAUGCCAUUCAUAUAUCAAAGUGGUUCAGUGAACACAAAGAAUGUCCAGUGACUGGCUGUACCUGUAAGUGUAUGACGUUGGACACGGCCAGCAGACUCAACACGGAGGCAGACACAACAGCCAUUGUGAAAGCGUCAUGAAGUUGAAACUGGGGAGUUAACAAGGACUGAAAGCCCUUCAAAUUCUUGUGAUCUUGGCUACAUUUAUUUGUCUUGGACAUAUCUCCGGAAACCUAGUCAAGAGUUGUGUCAUAUAAUGUUCCCCGAUAAUCACAAGUUCCUGCAAAGUUGCAGGGAUUCUGGAAAUAUUUGUGUCUUAUAAAAUUGGGGACUGUGUUCUUGUCUAUAGUUCACCUUUAAAGGGGGAAUAUAGGCAAGAACUUGGGUGUACAAAUGAUGGUCUCCUGCCUAGCUAACUUAUACAGAUUGUGACUUCGUCUCACUAAGCAAACAAGUGAUUUCUGUUGCUGCGACCUGUGAUCACGAUCGUGUGCAAUAAAAGUCUCUUGUGUGCUGUACUAUCGAUUUUGUACAUAUCCUUAAGAAAAAUUUGACUGUAACUUGUUUGUUGCUUGAACUGCUCUAUGAAUGUGCUUAACCGAGUGUUACUUCAAAAACUGAAAUGACCAUUAUUUCAAAAAGUAGUUCUGGUUGGGGACAAUUGUACUACAAUUAUAUUUUACUCAAGUUGUCGUCAAGAUAA